AAAAAAUACUCGGCUCUUGCAGUAGAAAUUUUUCUUUUCUACCUAAAUGCUAACGAGUCGUUAGGAUUUCCUGACAAUGCUUUUAAGUCUUGCUGUGAGUUUCUUUAUCUGUGUGAGGUUUCUGUUUGUGCUGGGGAUUUAUUCAACAAUCCAAACUCCUGGGAAGUUAGAGAGCAGGCAGCUGCAGUGACUCUCAGCGUACUCCUAUCUCCUGUGCCACAGAUCUGCACACCAGCAGCAGAGACCAGCAACCUGCCUUGUCCUUGCUUAACUCCGUGCAGGAGCAGAAAUCUGCCGGCUGAUCGCACCGGGGCGGGCUGGCAUGGCUGUGCUGCACCUGCACCUGUACCUCACGGCCUUGGGCUGCUGGGCGACACAGCUGUCCAGCUCCCUGCUGCUGCCCAACGCCACCGAGCUGCUGUCCCCUCCCGCGGGCGCGGCCGCGGGGCUGCCGAGGGGCGAGGGGGUCCCGCGGGGCCGGCGGAAGCGAUUCCUCUCCCCCCACGACAUGAGCGUGAUCCUGGACUACCACAACCAAGUGCGGGCACAGGUGUCCCCCCCCGCUGCCAAUAUGGAAUACAUGGUGUGGGAUGAGCGGCUGGCCAGGGCAGCGGAGGCGUGGGCCACGCGCUGCCUGUGGGACCACGGCCCCCCCGAGCUGAUGAAGUACGUGGGACAGAACCUCUCCAUCCAGUCGGGCAGGUACCGCUCUGUCAUGGACAUGGUGAAGUCCUGGCACCAGGAGAAGCAGCACUACUCCUUCCCCCACCCCCGCGAGUGCAACCCCCGCUGCCCCUCCAAAUGCAGCGGCUCCGUCUGCAGCCACUACACGCAGAUGGUGUGGGCAACCUCGAGCCGCCUGGGCUGUGCCCUGGGCACGUGUGCCAACGUGCGGGUGUGGGGCAGCACGUGGCGCCACGCCAUCCUCCUCGUCUGCAACUACGCCAUCAAGGGUAACUGGCUGGGAGAAGCGCCCUACAAGGUGGGGCGGCCGUGCUCAGCCUGCCCCCCCACCUACGGCGGGGGCUGCUCCAACAACAUGUGCUUCAGCGGAGUCAAAUCCAACCAAGUCAGCUGGUUCUAGGGCUGCAGCCCCAGGAGGAGCCCCGGCCAUGGAGAUGGGCUGAACAGGAAUUAUUUAUAACACUGACCCCCGGCAGCCUGGCUGUCCAACCUGCUUCAUCCUAAUGCCACGUAGGAAAAUGCUUUUCUAACACAUGUCUCCAGCAGUGUUCGUUGUCUGGCUGCUUCCCGCUUUGGGGGAUCUACAGACAGUUCAGGUCUCUAUUUUCUGAAAUGGGGAUGGUUUAGGGGUGCAUGGGGGGAGUGGGGCUGGCUGACAUGGUUGCUGCCCUGCAGACCCAUUGUCCCUCCCCGGUGCUAAGGCAGAGGCUGGAGUAAGUGAACACCAAGAUGUUCCCCUUGUGGGGAGCAGCUGGAUAAGUGGGGAGCCCUGAGCAUGCUCCUGCUUCACAGCAGCCCCUCUGACCAUGGGGCCCCCAGCUCUGAGCCCCCAAUAAAGCAGUCUGGAGACCCCCAUGCUUGUGUUGGUUCUCACUCACUUCUCUCCUGAAGCCUCGGGGUAACACCGAGCCAGUGCCUUUGCUCUGGUUUGGGGAGUAAGCAGCAAAGGGGGGGGCAGAUGCCCUCAGUGGGGCCACGGGCUGCGGGCACAGGAGAUGUCUGGGCGCUUUGCUCCAUCGUGUGGGAGAAGCCAGCACUGCUGGGACGCGGGGUGGUGAUGACGCUGAA